ACACGUCUGUCCAAAACAGAAGCCUUUCCACACAACAUUUAUAUUCAAAUCCGCUUAGCGCUUUUUUAAAUGAAAAGCCUACGCGUUUCCCCAUUUUCUUUCAUUUUCAUUAUCCUCAAACUUUAAAGUUAGUGAGUAACUCACACACGCAGAGGAGUUUUGGAUGUUCAAAUGGGGGAGGUGAGGAAGCUGCAGAAGAAGUUGAGGCAGAUUGAGAAUCUGGAAAUCAAAAUCAAUCUCCUUCCCGAGGAAAGAUUUAAGAUCUCCAGGAAGGAGGAGUUGCGGCGCAGAUUGGCGGAGAUUCAGCCGCAGCCCUGUGGCCCGCAGCGAGCUCCAGAGAACCGACAGGCAGACAUGAAAAGAGCAGGGGAGGACACCCCUGAGGGCCUUCCAUCACAAGCGCCCCCAGCCUCAAAGAUCCUGAGGCCAGGGACAGGAGGGUCAGCGGCGACGGCUCAGCGACAACUGAGGGCACCGCAUGUCGCGCCAGUGUCACAUGAAGGACAAGACGCGUCUGAGGAGCGACAACCAGCACAAGAAGACAAAGAGCUGACAUCUUUGAAAACAUGUUGGCAGAAAGCAAAGUUUCGCUUGAGACUGUUGGAGGGUCACAAUGACAUCAUCACUUGUGUGCUUGCGGUUGACAACCUGGUGGUUUCUGGAAGCCGCGAUACCACUGUCAAGGUGUGGCACGUUCCCACGGCGACGGAGCACAAGAACCUCGGGGGUCACGCCGGUGGGGUCACCUGCCUGUCUGCCCCUCCGCCCGUGUACUGCAAGAAGCUGGCCUGGUUGCUGUCGUUGUCAGACGAUGAGAGGUUUAUAUUGAGCGGCUCGGCAGACUGCAACGUCAAGAUCUGGGCCCUGAGCGUUGGCCAGUGUGUGAAGUCUAUCUACACGUUCAACGCUGUGACGGCGCUUUGCUUUGUGCCUGAGGGCGACGGCUACAUCGUCACAGGAUCAGACGGGGGCAAGGUUCAAGCCUGGAGCUGGCGAGCUUUGGAUAACUGCCAAUCAAUCAACGCGCACCAGGAAGCAGUCACCUCCAUUCAGGCUCAGGGACCGCUGGUGUUUAGCGGCUCGUCCGACGGCGCGGUGUCCGUGUGGGAAAACCGCUGUAGUGAGCGAGACCCCCUGAAACGGCUGCACUACUGGAACGGUCAGGUGACCGGCUGCGGAGGGGGGCGUCUUGUCCUCAGCCCCCGGGGGGACCGAGUGCUGAUGGCCUACGGACGGGCCUGGAUUAAGAUACUGCACUGGACUACGGGAACCGUAUCCAGACUGACCAAUCACGGCAGUGUCACUGGUGUGACAGAUUGCGUCCACCAGACUGCCGGCCUCCUAAUUAGCUCCUGCUACGACGUGGGCAACGGCGAGAGCGCGCUCAAUCUAUUCUGUCUCCCUCAAUGUCACUACCUGGCCUCGCUGACCUGGCCCCUAGCCCCAAGAAUCCUUUGCUUUGCCGCGUGGACCACAGGGAGCGGCGACCACCGCUGGGUCAGCGGCGGGCGCGACCUCGUCGUAUGGGAGCAGCUCCCCAACUCCGGCAAGCAGAGGGGUGAUAUAACGGUGAAGAGAGACGUCCGCCUAGAAUCGCCACUGGAGUCCGAGGGGGACACAGAAGAUGAUGAAGAGACCGAUGAACACCUUGAUGAUGACGAGGACGACGACGACGCGCGAGGAGGAGAGGAGGAGGGCUCGGGGGCAGCCGGUUCGUGGUUACGUUGCCUUCUCCAGUGAGGAGCCGCGAUGGAGAGAGAGAAGUCACGAAGGCUCAAUUUACAAGUGACACAAUUCACAUAUUGGGAGCUUUCAAGUAGCACAAUUGGGAUGUGAGUCAUGAUGGCGUAAAAAGGAAAAACUGUCUCCUCUGAAUAUGGAUACUAUUCUCAUUUGUGAUCUGCGGAACGGAUUUACUGUACAGCCUGGAUGCCAGCUUGACGUCAUCCAAAGGCACCGUUUGGACAAAUAAAUGACUCUUAAAGCUCUUGCUGUAAAUGUCAUCUACAGCAAAAGCCUGGGCUAUAAAAUAUACUUUAAAUAUGCUACAUUAGAGGCAUAGCCACCAUUAAAUAAGCAAUUUAAUGUCAAGUAGAGUAAUGUGGAUGUUACACUCCUUUAAAUUAAUGAGGAGAAGUGACAGCCCAAGCCAACUAAAUGCUGGGGAAUGUUAGAGUGGCUGCUUUUAUUUAAACGUGUAAAACAGAACGGAACAUAGGAAAAGAGAUGAAAUAGGAAGUA